UUAUGGGGUCCUGCAACGAGGUAUACCGAGCACAUAAUUCUCCAUAAGCUGUCGGGUAGGCCGUGUGCUCAUCGACAAAUUAAGACAGUCAUUCCAGCUACUGACCUGACAAGAUAACUAGCUAAAAGUGCGGGUACUCGUUAUAGCACUAACCGAUCCAACAGCCUUAAUUCCUGCAACCUAAGCUUUAGUCGGCGCAUAAGACUACCAAGCCCAUUGCGUCAUCAAUGAUACAGUGCCAUUGAGGUCAUUUAAACUCACGACGUGGGAUUUAUCGCUCACUCCAGAACCUUGUGCUGCAAGAUGAAAGUUUCCGAAGCUCUGGGUCAGUCCAUCAUUUGCAUUUGCGCAUGUUCUUUCCAUUGAAGUCGCAAAUCGGGCAGUUGGAUCGUCAGAUUGAAACCCCGCAUUUGACAACUGAGCUAACGAUGCCAACGCACAAACGCGUAAACGGGUGCAGCCAUUAUUGGAAGGGAAGCCGAUGAACUUUGUUAAUGGUGUAUACCAGUUCAAGGCUCAAGUUUUCAGCCUUGGCCCAUCACUUACGCGCGUUUGUUCGCUCCUCUUCACCCAUCUCCAUCUCCAUCACCAAGACGAAACACCGCCCAACAUCAGCCCCGUAAGCAUUCCUCCACUAACAACACCCCCAAUCCAUCCCAAGGCUCAUCCCCGUCCAACGUAAGAACUCGGAAACAAAAAUAAACCGUCCACUCCGUCGGACUCCCAUGACUGUACCUACCCUUGCCUAAACCCCGCAACUCCAACGGAAAACCGGACCAAUCUUGCGGACUUUAACUCUUCCAAUUGGUCGCAUCGGACAAGCUGAUUCGUCCAGCCACCAAACACUCAUCGUCAUGACUGCCAAACUAGGCAGUGAACUAUCGAAAUGGCAUCUUCCAAGCCCUUUUGAACCAAGUUUUCUGGGGGCACGGCUGACGGGAGCCUCGGCUCGGCGUAAUACGUAAUGUGAUGAGGAAUUGAGUUAAAAAGACAG